UGCAGCUCAGUCUCUACCAGUCACUCACCAUGUCAGGAGGUAUGUUGAGGGCGGGAGGUGCCCGUGGACGGUAUGGGGGGCGAAGUCUUGCCAUCCCAACAGCACCACAUGGCGGGCCAUCUUAUGUUGGACAAAGAAGCGAAAGCAGAGUGUACAGGAUGGGUGGCUUCAAAUUCUAUAAGGACAGUGAAUGGAAGGAUACCCUGUAUUAUCGAUGCGCAAAUUCAAGAAAGCAGCCACCAUGCAAGACUCGUGCUUGUGCUGAUAGGUUGAGCCCAGAGGAUCUUGAGCCGGCUAAUAAAAUACAGCACAACCACGAUCCAGAGGACCCUCUCCACGAGCCGUACCUAAGGCACAGAGAAGAGCUGAUUAAUAUGUGUCUUCGCCAAAAAUCAACAUCAUUGGCUCAUAUUAUUCGAAGUUAUUGUGACAACUUGGAGGACAGAACCCUGAAGGAAUACUUGGAGCCUGAGUCCAUCAAGAAGGCUGUCAGCCGCCUCAGGAACCUAAAUAUGCCUCCAAUUCCGACAACUUUGCGACAAGCUGCUUUAAGUCUCCAGCAGCCUGAGUUCGCAUAUCUUGCACGCAACUCAGAUGACACAUCUGACUUCUUCCAGGGUAUGGUGGGCAAACCUGGGGAAGAAUCACUUUUGUUUGUUGACACCGAAUUCAUGAAAUUUGUGAGAUCAAGUAGUGUGCUGCUGUCAGAUGCAACCUUCUAUUGUUGCCCACGGAUGCUAGGUGCGAAACAGGUCCUCAUCGUGGCUUUCCAUGGCUAUGGUCAGGUAUUUGCAUUUGCAUAUGCCGUUAUGACACGCAAGACAAUUGGAGCAUAUGAGGCAGUUUUCAAAAAAUUGAAAGAGCUCGGCUUGCGUGCCAAACUUGUCUGUACUGACUGGGAGAAGGGGGAGCAGAAGGCAUGGAAGAAUGCAUUUCCAAGCAUUGUCUUGUGGGGUUGCCUCUUCCACUACCAAAGAGCAUUGUACAGGCAAGCAAAAAAAAAGGGGCUGGCUCGCUACCUGAAAAAAGGAAAAACUCAUAGAGAGAUAUCUCGCAUCAUCAAAUUGCUCUUGGUUAUCCCCCGCCUCCCAGCAGAGGAGAUCGAGAACGGUUUUAAAGCAGUUCAAAACGAAGCAGAGAAAUACCUUGAUGUUGACAAAUUGCGGAAGAUGAGGAAAUUGUUCAAGUACUUUCAAGAGGAAUGGCUAGACAGGGUGUCCCCGAGUACUCUCUCAGUUCAUGAAAAAAAUAUCACCGUUACCAGUGGGCUGGAAUCAGUCAAUGCGAGGGUCAAUGACCUAGUGCCCACCAAGCAUCCCCAUUUCUGGAUUUUCCUUGACCUGCUGCGUGACUAUGCUGCAGAAACCUUUCAAAGGUUUGACAAACUUAGAUUUGGAAAGGGAAAGCUAACAAAGAGCAAGUACUAUGUGGCCCCAGACAAAAGACUUACGGACGCUGACAUACAAAGACAUUUGGAAUUAUUCAAAAGAAACAGGGACCACAUAGACUUCCUCUCUGCUGUGCAGACAACACUCCAGAAUGUGUUGCUGGUCCUAGAAACGACAGAGGAGGAUCAUCCAGACAAUAUACCAACUGAAGAAGAAGUGUUGGCCCUCAAUGAGGUCCCCUCAGCCUCGCCAGCAAAUCUACCAAACAUCACUCCACCCAGAAGAACAAGAAGGCUGAGGAUUAUUUCUCCAGAACCUGAUUGUGAUGAUUGUGAUGACCCAGGAAGCCCUGCUGAGGAUGCUGCGCCAUCUCCUCCAGGUGCAUGGCUCAGCAGCAGUCCUCGAGGCAGCUUCUUUGACAUUGAUUUCCAAACACCUAUGAACAGAAGCCCGAGUCCUAUCUCAGAGCAAGCCGUGGAUGCUUCAGCGAACACUAGUCAGCUGUUUGAUUCAUCAGAUUUGGUGGAGCGGUCACCUUCAAAUACAGGUACGAAUCCUUUGACAGAGCAUGCCACAAGCCCUCCAUCCUGUACAGGUAUUUGUUCGUAUAAUCAACAACAAAAAGAAACAACUCAACAAACUCAGCAAAAACAUGGUAGUCAAACAUUAAGUAGUUCAGGUUAG